AUGUGUACUUUCUCUCCUCUAUCUUCUUCUCCUUCUCCUAUGUUCUCAUUAGCCGGUCAAAUCUCAGCUCCAAAGCUGAAACUCGAUCAUAGAGAGAUUACCUUGGAAAUCACCCAGGAUACACGCGAAGAUUCUGCUAACAAUCAAGAUGACUCCAAUGAAGAGGUGGAGCCUAUUGAUUCUUGGGAAGAAGAGGAUGAUGCUGAGCCUGAGGUUGGUGAUGGAGGUGAUGGUGGUGGAGUGGUUCUAAAAAAUUGCCCUUGGGGUCAACAAGCACUAGCCAUAUGCAGAGAGGUCCUUUUGCAGUUUGCUAAUGAUAUGGAGCUCUAUUCAUUUAAAACUUCUUUUCGAGGAUACAUUUACGUGAGAUUAGACAAGUUUUCAAAUGAAUAUGGUUGUCCCAGUAUGGAGGAGAUUGAAUCUUUCAGCCGCCAAUAUAAGAAAAGAUUGGAUGAAGUAGGUGCCACAGGAGAAAUACCUGACGAUUUGGCUCUUGAAGUAUCAAGUCCAGGUGCGGAUAGGCUACUGAGAGUACCAGAUGACUUGUCGAGGUUCAAAGACAUGCCAAUGGUGGUAAGUUAUAUGGAAGAUUCAGACGCUAAAUGCUCAGAAAAGACUGGAGUGUACUUUCUUGACUCCAUUGAAACAGAAUCGGGAAGCUGUGUCUGGAAGAUGGCAGAUGUGAAGGAAAACAGAAACCCUUCAGCAAAAGGCAGGACAAUGAGCCGCAAACAGAAAGAUUGGAGACUUAAACUGCCAAAUGCUAACGUUAAGCGGUUAGGGCUGAACCUCAUGGUCCAACAAGUGAUAUACAUAAUGUGCCCAGAGUCUUUGUUUUUACAAUACAAAGAUGAAGAAUGA